CUUCGUCGGUGUACCUUUGCAGCGACUCGUUCAUUAGUCCAUUGGACAAGUCGGUCGCAUACAAACAUACACAACACACACACACACAUACGCAACGUCACGUCACGGCUGUCAUCACCGAUCCGGUCACUCAUGUGGGCACGUGUACGUAUGCGUGGAUACCUGGGCGAGUAAGCAGCCAAGGCUGAGCCAGCAGCGCCACAACUUCGCACCAAAAUCUGUCUUGUCCAUGUCCGUGACGGACGGACGCUGAUCUUUGAUCGCAUCAGAGAUGAGGCAGAAAAAGCCCCCUGCCUUGCUCGGUUCCCAUCACCCGCCGCCACAUCAUGAUUGAUCAUGUUGACAUCCACCAAAGAUCAUCAGAGCGAAAAAAGCUCCCCGCAUUCUCUCUACUGUACACAUCCCUUAUUCGUCUCGUCUCGUCUCUUCUCCUGCCUGCGUGGCCUUCACUCCAGCAAGGGCCAAUGCAGGCUGCCAGCGGUGUUGCUGGCAACGUCCAUCGGCCCCGUGCUGGCGGGAAGGGCACCAUGACUGACAAGACGCAACAAGGCUCACUGCAAUUCACAGACCACCCAUAGGUAAUGUUAAUUCCUUCUGACUGACAAGGGGAGGGAGGGUGCCCAACAAACGGAAAGACAGUCCAUCCAUCCACCCACCACACGCACACGCACAUCCGUACACGACAGACUCGUCAAGACAAGUACGUCAGCCCGUCAGCCCGUCAGCCACCCACCCAUGGAAUGGAUGGAUGGCGUGCCAUCAAAAAUCGGCGGGCGACAGACGGUGGCGCUCUGGCAGUUGUCCUCAGAGGCCACACUCAACCAAACUACCUACCUACCACAUCUAGCCCCCGUCCUCUCUCUCUCCUACGCUACACGCUGCCCCCAUCUAGCUACAGCAGCACUCCAUCCGUACGUAAACAGACACGGCCUAGAGGUCGAGUCCCGGGCCUUUGUAGCGUGCCGCCUCGUCGGCCUGCCUGAGGUACGUCCACAGACACCGGGCAAGGCCGGCCGCAUCGAUAAUUCCGCCUGGCAAACAAACAAACACACAGGAGACCACACCCAGACAGACACGGGAGGGUGGGCGCGUGAGUGAGUGACUGUGCUGUCUAUCUACUGACGCACCAUUUUUUGCCCUCUGGCGGCGGAUCAGCCGGAUGCGGUCCAGCGUCUCCUGCUCGAUCGACAAGACACGCACGCACAGACAGACAGACAGACAGACAGACAGAUGGGCACAUGUGGCUGGCCCCGCUCAGACAGCUGCCUGCCUGUAGCUAGCUAGCUACGGCUCGCUCACCUGGAUGUUGGCUUGUGUGAUGGAUGGGCGUUGCUCCUCAGUGGCCAUGUCCACAUCCUCAUCAACGCGACAACGCUUGGCCGGACGAGCAUCUGGACAACGAACACAUCAACAGCCAAGGCAAGGCAAGGGACAUGCACGCCGUUCCUCGCUUGUGUGUGUCGUGUGGGUUCACCCACGUACCUUCUCCGUAUCUCAGGUCAUCAAAAAAUGUGACCCUGGCGUCCUUGAUGCGCUCCUCCCCGCUGACGCCCUGCGUGCGCAGCCGCACGAGGAACCCAUCGUCGAUGGCAAAGGGGCAGCGCACAACACACAGGCCCUCAGGCACAUCACGGCGACACGAGAACACAAACGACACCUCACGCCCCUGCCCCUCGCCCUCUCCCCCUCCCCCUCCGACACGUGACUCUAGGGCAGCGAGCAGGGCCUCCCUGUGUGCCGCCUCUCUUUUGUCUGUCGCCUGUGUGUCUGACUCUGACAGGGCAUUGUCGUCAUCCGAGCAGUCACUAAAGGCGUCGAAAAAGUGCAUGGUGCCAUCCAGCUGCUGCGCUCCAAUCUCGAUGGGCAGGGGCUUCGUCGUGUGCUCCAGCAGGAUCGUGUCGAGGCGUGGGUGAGCCUGGAUGGCCCCCAGCACGUCGACGGCGAGCUCCUGGACACCGAACACAUCGAAGCCGCUGCACUGCAGCGUCAUGCGACAGACGCUAUCGACGAUGGUGCUGCCUGCCUCUUCCCCCUCUUGCUGCAUCCCCCGCUGCUGCUGCUGCUGAUCUGGUUGGCCUGUCCUGUGCACCACAAACAGCGAGCCCUCCUUCUUCCCCACACACCCACUCGCGUGAAAAAGGCGACCUCCGUGCACAGGUGCAUCGGCCAGAAACGAGGGGACGGCCAAAUGGGCCAGCCGAGCCAGCCGCCUGCCUGCCCCGUCCUCACCCUCUGGCUGUGCCUUCCUGACGCUAAAGACAAUCUCCCUCAGCUGUGGGGUGAGUGUCCUGACUGCCUUGUGCACCGCAUCCUUGCCCACGUCGAACGGGCCGGGGUCCGCCAAGUUGAGCACCUUGACGGCGGGGAACAUCCUGGUCAUGAGAGACUCGGGCGGCUCGGGGAAGGGGGCCUCCCUGGUGGGCGAGUGCUCCAGGCACAGCACGGAGGCGCGCGAGAAUCUGAGGGAGCGGAUGAGGUCGAAGAACUCCGUCGGCAUGGGGGGCUGCUCACUCCCCAACAGCGAGGUGGGGAAGAUGGCCUGCAUUGCAUUGUCACAAAUGCAUUCAUUGAGUUGAUCGCCUAAGGGCCCCCACCACCUCCCCCCAACUCACCUUGGUUGCGUAUGAUGCGAGGACCCUGACGGUGGGUGCCACUGUGUCGAAUUCCUCGUUGUUGAAGUGGACCAUGCGCCUCACCGAGAGGGCCAGCUCGCUGCCGCUGUAGUCCUCUACGGCAUCGGUAGCUAGCACAUUGGUUCGGAACGUGUGCAGCUCCUGGGAUGGCAUUGCAGGACACACACGCACACUGAUCCAUGGCAUGGCACAAAUCGAGUGGGAUGCUGUCUGUCUGUCUGCUCCCGCCUCACCCGGACGUGCAUCGACGUCAGUUUGUCGAUCCUGAGUGUGGCCUGCAGCUUGACGAUGCGCGGCUGAGCCCCCUCGUGGAGCCAGCUGUUGUAGAGCUCGCCCCUGCUCUCGUGUGAGCCGCGGAACACCACACCGCCGAUGGAGUACAGCUUGGGCGACUUGCCGUAGCGGUCGGGGUCGAAGAAGUCGACGAUGGUGGUCGCAUCCUGACACACACCACACACACAAACACGUCAGCUGAGCGGGUCGGGCAGGUGCCACGGUGGACUUCCGGCUGGUGCAUACCGCCAGGCUCCAGCCAGGAAACUUGCGCUGGGCCCACUGAGCGAUACACGCAGAGACGACAACGGGAAGGUGAUCUGGCCGCCGGCUGGCUGUGUGCGUGCGUGUGUGGUUACAAGUUGAUUCUGGUUGCUGAUGAGUUUGAUGUCGACGAAUCCGGAGUUCCUGACCCACCAGGUGGUGUGCCUCUCGGCGGCGCGGACCUCCUCGGGGGUGUACUGGAUCCGUCCCUUGCGGAACUUGAGCUUGUUCUUGCCCCUUCGCCACGUGGGGACGGAGACCGUCAUGAGCGUGUCACGCAUCGACAGCUUCUCGAGGGCCCUGUCAGACGGACAGACACACGCACAAGAGCAACCAACACGCGAGCAGCGAGAGACAGUGGGCAUCCCAGUGACGUGCCUGCCCUGCCUGUGUUGGCUUACGUGAGCUGCCAGUUCCUGCGAUAUGCGACCCACACCCACAACCCGCCAACGUGCACGACCUGACACACACACGGACAGACAGACAGACGGACAGACAGACGUGUGGCCCCCAUAAGCUUUUCUCCCUCCCUCCCUCCCUCCCCCCUCCCUCCCUGCUGACCUUGAGUUUGGGAAAGGGCACUGGCUUUUCGUUGCGUUUGUGUGGAGCGGCCUCCUCUUUCUUGCUGACUCCCUUGUCCUUGGGGAAGAAGGGCACUGUCUCCUUGGCGGAGCCCACACGCCCCGUGUCAGCCCACAGAUACUCGAUUUGCGUGGCGAACAAGCCCUCGACGAGGAUGCUGAGCGAGUGGGUGUGCGGCGUCGUGAUGGUCGCCUUGGUGACCGCAGCGAAGGUGGGCGUCCAUGCGGCGAUGGCCUUGGCUUUGGGGAAGAGGAACCUCUCGCUCGCAAUGGUAGCUUCCGGGUGCAUGGUGGGGUCGCGAGUCAUGACGUGGAAGAUGGGGUGCGCACGACCCAGGCUGCCGAUCAUCGGAACGACGCCUGCACACAGACCGACCAGCCUAUAUUUGCCCGUGCCUUUUGGUACGUCUGCGCGCACCCACCUAGCGAGGGUCCGAUGAACUUGUAGAAGACCACCUCGGGCACGUCAAACAGACUUGGAGGGCAACCCUGAUACACCAGCCACGCACAAUAUCGACACAGAACCACUCACUGAUAGCUGCCUGUCUGUCUUUUUGCGGGUGGAGUGUGGCUUGCCUUGAAGCGCUUCCAGUAGUCCCACUUGGCGUCGACGCUGUCGAGUCGCCCUUUGAUGGUGUUAUAGGCCUCCAGGAGCUUCCUGACGUCCUGUAUGUUCUUCUUGACGGCACAGUCACGGAGCACCUCCACACCCCCAUGCAUGAAGGAUCGGAACAUCUGAUCAACAGCAGCAGCAAGAACAGAACAGCAAACCAUCCACCACACGUGUGUGUGGUGUGUUGUCCAUCCAUCCAUCGCCUGUCACCCACCUGCUGCUGCUUCCUCAUUUCCUCCAGGUGCUGGUGAUCCCGCCGCAGGAGCUUGACGUUGCUGAUGCCCGGCAGCAGCCGCCUCACCUCCUUGAACCUCGCGCGCCGAUCCUUCUCCACGAUCGCCAGCCGCUUGUCCAAAUCCUUCAGAUGUCUGCUGACAUGACACACGAUCGACUCGGCCUGAGGGUCAACAGCAAAGUCAGUGGCCACCGGUGAAAGACAAGGAAUGUGUUGAUUGAUGCUGGUCGCCUCACCCUUCCUUUAGCUCUGUGGAGGCUGCUUCUGAUCAUCUGGCCUGUCACCUCGGCCGACAGAUCUUCCUGCAGCGAAACAUACAUACCGACAGCAGACAGAACGGAAUCACAAUGGCGAGUCGACUUGAAAGAAAGGUGUCCACUCACUCACCAAUUUCUGCUGCCUCUCGGCCUCGCUAUGGCAGGCAUCAGCCGCGGCCAUCUGCACUUCCAAGUCGGCACGGGCUUGCUGACGCUCAGCUCGCCGCCUCCUGUUGUAGAACGCCCGCACCCGCACCCGCAGAUCGGCCAACCUUCUUGCUACGCUCGGCAGACAACAGCGUGCCUUGCGCCGCCUUCCGUGAGGUGCUCUCCGCCCCGUCCCUGGUGAAGAUCCACUCAGAUGAGCCAUCUCUGCCAAUGAUGGCCGUCCACUCCCUCACUCCCUCCCCUCACCAAGGGGAGAUCCCAG